ACUUCCCGUGUUGACCGGAAGUUAAGCUGUCGCUGUCAUGGCGGAAAAAAAGAGUGCUUUAGCGCUGCCUCUGCUGCUUCUUUUAAUUUCUAUGUGCUUCUUUCAUUUAUUCGUUUGUCCGUUCACUAAAGUCGAAGAAAGCUUUAAUUUACAAGCGACGCACGACAUUCUGUACCACAGGCUUGAUUUUGACAAGUAUGACCAUCAUGAAUUCCCUGGAGUUGUGCCGCGGACUUUUCUCGGCCCCCUCUUCCUCUCCGUGCUCUGCUCCCCGGUUGUGUUUCUGUCGUCUCUGCUGGAGGCACCCAAAUUCUACUCUCAGCUUAUAGCCCGAGCGUCGCUGGGGCUCUGCGUGAUCAGCGCUCUGUGGCACAUGCAGAGGGAAGUGAGGAGGCAGUUUGGCUCCACGGUUGCGGGUCUUUUCUGUCUGACUUGUGCGUCCCAGUUUCACCUCAUGUUUUACAGCACCAGGACACUCCCCAACGUGUUUGCACUACCAAUAGUCCUCGUAGCAUUCACGUCUUGGAUGGCUCACAAACACGGCUGGUUCAUCAGCCUCUCCGCCCUGGUCAUCAUCGUGAUCCGCUCCGAGCUCUGCAUCCUGCUGGGCCUGAUGUUGCUGAUUUCGCUGCUGAGCCGCAGGCUGGGGCUGCUGCAGCUGAUUUACUACGCCGUUCCUGCUGGACUCCUGUCCCUGGCUCUGACAGUAGCUGUCGACACCUUCUUCUGGAGGAAGCUCCUGUGGCCUGAGGGGCAGGUGUUGUGGUUCAACACUGUUCUUAAUAAAAGCUCCAGCUGGGGAACCUCGCCCUUUCUGUGGUAUUUCUACUCCGCCGUGCCUCGGGCUCUGGGCUGCACGCUGUUCUUCGUGCCUCUCGGCCUCCUCGACAGGCGGAUACGGCUGCUGCUGCUGCCCACAGUUGGCUUCAUCCUCAUCUAUUCGCUCCUGCCUCACAAGGAGCUGCGCUUCAUCGUUUACACCUUCCCCGUGCUCAACUUGGCAGCCGCACGGGGCUGUUCUUUCAUAUUGUGCAACUAUCAGAAAUCGUGGCUGUACAGACUGGGCGCUGCAGUUGUGGUUGGCCAGCUGCUGAUCAACUCAAUGUACACCAGCGUUUGCCUGUACGUUUCUCACCACAACUACCCAGGGGGCAAAGGAAUCCAGGAACUACACCGGCUGUUGCCAGCCACCUCAGAUGUCUUUGUUCACAUCGACACCUUUGCUGCCGAAACAGGAGUGUCACGCUUCCUACAGCAAAACACAAACUGGAGAUAUGACAAAAGAGAAGACAUAACCACCACAAGCCCAGAAACCCACGUGUACUCGCACUUGUUGAUGGAGGCCAACGUCACAAAGAUCCAGCAGCUCCGGGACACUCACAGGCCGCUGGUCUUCAUCGAGGGCUACAACAACAUCGCCUUCAGCGCGGCUCACUUCCCACCCAUCAGAGUGCUUUUAGGGAGGAAGGCUGUGCUGAUGGAGCGCAAGACCUGGGUAGCCACGCUAAGAAAAACGUGAACUGGAUUAUGACUGUUCAGAAUUUUUCAGGUGACCAAAGAAUAAAUGUGAUGCUGCUCAGUUAU